AUGGGGGAGCUUGCCGCCCCGCUAGAGGGCGUCCAGGAAAUACCGGUUGUAUCACCUCUUGAGAAGACGCAACUGCAAAUGAUGAGGCUUCUCCAGAUGAAUAAGGACAGGAUAAAUGAACAGGAAAAGGUGGUGCUGGAUCAGCUUGAGUUGAGAUAUCGUGAUUGUAUGAGUGAAUCUGGUGAAUCACAGAUCACUCAAACAACUACGAGUUUUUCCUCAAUCAGCGAAGUCGAUGUGAAAGGGCAUCCUGCUGUUCAGGGAACCCCCAGUAUCAAAGAAGAAGAAGAUACCAAGCCUGUGAAGUAUGAACAUGAUGCGUCCCCACCACUGGGCGAGUUACCCUGUACAUUCAGCCUUCUUGCUCCCCUCCUGGUACCGUUGGACAUCUCAUCUUCCGAGCUCAUGGAAAUGUGUUCCAAACGAAUUGAUCGUCCUGCAGAGUUCACGCCAAUCUUUUGUGAAAGAGUGCCCCCACCACAACCGCCUGAUGCGCCGAGUGUUAAGCUAUCUCCGGCGUCGCCGGGGAACGGUCAGCUCUUCUCUUCGCCCACUCCCUCGUUUUGUGAGAGUUCUCCGAUAGCUCUCAUACGAGGAUUAACUGGUGUACUGAAAAUGGAUCUCAGUCUGUUUUCUACGAAAACUCUUCUGGAGAUGGCACCUGAUCAUGAGGUUGAGGUAAGGACGCAGUACAGGAUGCCGUGUGAUAUGAAUGUGGAUCAUUUGGGCCAGCCAACUUGGGAAUGUAUGAGCACACGGUCCUUCACUACGGUUAUGAAAUAUGCUCAAUAUCAAGCUGAAACUUUCAAGCAUUCGUUGAAAGAAGAAGCUGAGAAACUGCGUUCCGCUGGUGCGAAAUAUGCUCAGCAUGUGGCUGAAUCGGCUGGAGUAAAGAAAAGAAGAGGGAUAAAUGGAGAUGAAUGCGCGAUGCCUAUGAAAAUGCUGAAGUUUGGCACAAAUGUUGACCUUUCGGAUGACAUCAAGUGGAAAGCUCAAAUCCAAGAACUUGCUAAAAUGCCUCCUUUUUGCCGAAUCAUAGCAGGCUGUAAUAUGCUUUCUCAUCUUGGCCAUACAGUUCUUGGAAUGAAUACUACUCAGUUGUACAUGAAGGUUCCUGGCUCUCGUACACCUGCUCACCAAGAAAAUAAUUGCUUUGCUUCUAUAAAUAUCAAUGUUGGACCUGGUGAUUGCGAAUGGUUUGGUUGCCCAUACGAAUAUUGGGGUGUUAUCGACAGGAUGUGUAGAGAGCGGAAUCUGGACUUCUUGAAAGGAUCGUUCUGGCCGAACUUUGAAGAUCUCAUUGAGGAAGGUGUGCCAGUCUACAGGUUUACACAAAAAGCUGGAGACCUGGUAUGGGUCGGUGGUGGAUGUGUUCAUUGGGUGCAAGCUACUGGCUGGUGCAACAACAUCGCUUGGAAUGUUGGCCCUCUGACUGCAUCUCAGCUGCAGAUUUCCAUCUUCAGCUAUGAAUGGAAUAAAUUGCAGAGUUACAAAUCUCUUGUACCGAUGCAACAUUUAUGUUGGCAGUUGGCAAAGAACAUACGGUUCACGAAUCAGAAGGUGUUCAGUUUGAUAAGAGGUCAACUAAUCAGAUCCUUAGCGUUCUGUAAGAUGGUUGCGAAUCUCUCUACAUCCCGUGGAAAACAGCUGAAGCCACAGCCGCGAGCUAAAGGCGAAAUCACACAUUACUGUACUUUGUGUGAGGUUGAGGUGUUCAAUAUUUUAUUUGUGAAAGAGAUUAAUGGAAAGUUCCCGGUGUACUGUGUAUAUUGUGCAAGGCGAGCGGGACUCGACGAUUUUAUUGUUCUUCAGCAGAUGACGUUUCAUGAUCUUGCGAAAAUUUUCGAUAGUAUGCAAAUGAAUCUAAUACACAAAGCUGCCCUAGUAUGUUAA